AUGGCUGCACUCUUGUCAGCGUGCCUGCUGCCCUGGUGCAGCACGAGUGUACACUGCUCGCGCACCGAGCGUGUGUUUGCCCAGCUGAAGGCACUGCGUGAAUGUGAGCAACGCGCACUGUUUGACGCAGGCGACAACGACACCGCAUCGUGUGACUGGCGAUUCGACGGUUGGCAGUGCUGGCCUCCGACGCCCCUUGGAGCCACGGCCCGCGCAGCAUGCCCGGAACUAUUGCCGGGAGAAGUGAACUCCACCGGCACGGCGAAAUACCGGUGCCAGUCUGAUGGUUCUUGGAACGGCGAAACAGGCAACUACAGCUCCUGUACAAGCUCACCUUAUCAAGAUACCGAGCUGAGGCUGCUGCGGGCAAUCGCUCAUGACAUCGGCGAGUACGUACCGUGGGAGCAGAUCUCGGCGCGCGGAGAGAACUGGAUGUGGCAGGAGAAGAUCGGCCACUUCAAGCACUGUCUCGAGCACGUGCUGCUCAAGCCUCCAGUCGAGAACGAUGGGAACCAGACACUUUGUCCGCGCACUUGGGACGGCUGGAACUGCUGGGACGACACGCCUCCCGGUCGAACGGUCCACGCGCCCUGUCCUCAAUUCGUGGCCGGGUUUCUGUCGACCAGGCAAGCGCACAAACUGUGCACUGCCAACGGCACGUGGUUCCGUCACCCUGUCACAGGACUCGUGUGGUCCAAUUACACAGCAUGUGUGGAUACUCAUGAUUUACAGUUUAGAAACUUGGUCAACUCAUUAUACGUCACAGGAUACUCAGUAUCACUUGUGGCUCUUAUUUUAUCCAUGCUCAUAUUUUGUUACUUCAGGUCACUUCGCUGUCGGAGGAUCACAAUUCACAAGAAUUUGUUCACAUCCUUCAUUAUCAACAAUCUUUGCUGGAUACUAUGGUACAUUCACAUCAUAGCACAACCACACGUGAUCGCUGAAAAUCCGACCUGGUGCCAAGCUCUGCACGUGGUGACGCAGUACUUCCUGUUGUGCAACUACCUGUGGAUGUUCUGCGAGGGCCUCUACUUGCACACGCUGCUUGUGCUUGCCUUUAUCGCGGAGGACAAGAUCCUCAAGUGGUUCCUGCUCAUCGGCUGGGGUUUUCCUUUGCUGCCAAUAAUUGCUUACACAGUUCUGCGAUCAUUGGACCCAGAAGCGUCAAACAUGUGCUGGGUCGAGCAUGACGUCUGGUAUACAUACAUCCUCAGUGUUCCUGUUUGCUUCUCAAUACUGCUGAGCUUCGCAUUUCUCGUGAACAUCGUCAGGGUCCUGGUCACAAAGCUUAGAGCCGUGAAUUCUCCUGACAACGAAAGCACAAGGAAAGCUGUACGAGCCACUGUGAUCUUGCUUCCCCUCUUGGGCUUGCACUACGUGGUGACUCCGUUCAGACCAGAUAAAGGGUCCAUACUGCUCGCCUACGAGAUAAUAUCAGCGCUGGUCACAUCAUUACAGGGUCUUUGCGUCGCACUUUUGUUCUGCUUCUUUAAUGGAGAGGUCUAA